AUGAGUGCGAAAGGUAAGGCCAAGAACUCCACAGGUGACCGCAAUUCCCUGGCUGCCGCUCUCCGGAGCCGCGGUGGAGCCACUCAGGCCACCAAGCCCGGUCGGAAAAGGCCCACGCGAGGUCGAAGCCGACAUAGUGAGGUUGAGCAAAGCAGCGCUACGAGCAGUGCCAGCGCCACCAGCAGCACCAGUGCUACCAGCACCAGUGAAAAGAGGCCAACGAGCUGGGCCCCCAAUGCUACGAUCUUGGCCGAACAGUUCGGCGACUUGCUACACCGUGGAAUGGAAGCUGCCGGACAAUGGCGCGUGAGUCAGGAGGUCGCUGCGUCUGCGAGGCGGGCCAGCGCUGACCGCCAUGGUCAGCGUCCCGAGCGUCCCGAGCGUCACGAGCCACGGCACCUUGGAGGUGCACAGCAGCGCCUUCAGUGUCGACUUCAGGAGUGGUUUGCCAAGCAGCAGGAAUUUCAAGGCGCUCCCCCACGACUGACCAGCCCGUUGUUCCCAGUCCAGCGUGGCCCGAUGGUGUACGCGCAGGUGUUGCUGGUCUGGCGUGGGAUUGAAAUUCAACUUCUGCUUGGUCCAUCUGAAAGGGACCCAGAGUUCGCCAUCUUUGACGCCAGGACGGAGUGUCACCUGGUGGAGGUGGGAGAUAGCAUCCGUGGGGCCCUGGAGGAAUGCCUGGAAGAACCGCUGGAGGUCUUUAUGGAGUCAUUGAUGCCAGUCGAUGAAGAUAUCUCUGAGGAAGCUAGCGUCCUUGAGCGUGAGGAUGCCCUGGUUCAGUUCAUUUGCAACAGGCCAGCCAUGCAUCGCUUGCAGAAGGCGCCGAAUGGCAUUGCUUUUGCCUGGGAUUUCCCUCUUUCGCGUCAAGAACGGAUGGAAUUCUUCCUGGUGAACACGCUGGCGCAAGAACAAUCCGAAGCUGAUCAGCAAGAGCUACAGGAGGAGACCUCCGUGCGCCGCCGGCGCUGGUCCCGCGCCUCGGAACGCUCUAGCUGA